GGUGAAAAGAAAGAAUCGCUUGGAAAUUGGUACCAUCCCUUGUGUCUUAAGUGCAGAAAAUGUGGACGGCAACUGGCAGUCGGCAACCACGCGGAAGUAAGCUUUUUAAUUUUUGCACUUUUAAUUCGAAUUAACGUCUAAAGUUCAUGGAACGUGUACAUGUCGUGAGCGAUGGUGUUUUAAUAUAUACACUGGCUAAUGUAGUUCGAGAAUAAGUAGCGUGACUCGAAUCUGACAUCAUAAAAAGUGGAACGUUCGAAUUUUUCAAUUCGUCAAAUUACAAUCUUCUAUUGACUGAUCUUUACAAACGGCUGAAUAAGUGAUUCGUUUUAUUUUAGGUUUGUGUUAUUCCGUGGCUCUUGUUCCUGAACGCAAUUUAAAACUAAACAAAAACAAACAAACAAACAGAAAGACAAAAAAAAAAAGCUGAUAACGAUACCAAGUGACUUGUUCACACUGGGUGGUUCGUAAGGCCUUGUUUCCUACGAAAUUUGACAGCGCUAAAAGGAAGUUUCUAUAGUGUUGUUAAGUGUCGUCUCCAAACAGCUGUUACAUCGCAGAAAAAAAUUUUAACAUCCUUUGCUUUUAACAGUGAUGUAGCUCGGACCCCAAAUAUGAUUUUCACAGAAGCCUAUACUGACAACAGGAGCCUGAUUUCCAUGAACUGUGACAGUAGCCUCCCCCGGGCGAGGACUCCCGUGCAAAGUGGGUUAGGGAUACUCAUCGAAAACUUGGACUAAUCAGACCUCUUAAGGAGACCAUUGUAAAACAAACAGCCAAAGGAGAGCUUUUAAACUUCGCUGAAAGAAGUUGUCCUUGAACGUUUAACCCCUUCUUGUUUUCGUCUUCUGCUUUCUUUAAAAUUACGAUAAGCAUUCCCCCGGGCAGUAGACGGGGCUAGUAAUCGGUCCACCGACUUGUUCUCUGUUUCGUUUCAAAUUGUUUUUGGGCAGAAAUUUUUAAUUUCUUUCUCUUCUGCAAAUUUUCUUAAAGAAUUCGGAAUUCUCUUUGAGAAUUAUGAGGUCUAUGAGUGUAGUAGGUGAACUUGACUCAUUUAAAUGGCGCUCACCUGGUAGAAAAUUUCACACUUUAGAGGCUCUUACUUACAAAAAAUGUUACAUGGUAGUUAGAACUGGCCGGCCAGACAGGUCGUCUUGAAAAUAUAUGAAACACUUUUUUUCCAGAGUUUUUUCAACACUCAACAUUGUUAUGCAUACUAUUUAAGCAGAUGCAAACGGACGCAACAUUGUUGGAUGUUACAUGUUGUGUCUGUUUGCAAAUCCUGUUGCACGUUGCUGCGCAAAGUUAAGGUCAAACUUUUAAGCCAACGUACAACUCCCAACACAUUUAUUCCGUGACCGCCGAAGCGUACAGAAAAACAAUGUUGGAUCCGAUUGCUUAGCUAUUUCAACAUUGUUGGGGCCAUACACGCGCAGUUUACACACCUCUGCCAACACGGACGCAACAACUUCCCACAUUGUUGCGUUUGUUUGCACGUAGCUUUAGAAAUAAAAUAAUCUGGCUGGACAGAUCUUAUCUGGUUUGGCCGGCCAGUUCUUACUAAUGGUAAAUGCCCUUACUCGACCUUACACUUUGGCGGCCGAACGAACUUUAUUAUAUUUCCAGUUACGAUCGAGUGGUUCUAGAAUUACUGCGAACAGUUGGGAGUACAGCAAAUUCUACUCAGUUUAACUAUUCUAUGAGAUAACUCUCGCAGAGAAUUAUGUCAAGCAAUUUAUACCAAUAGCAGAUAGGUGUAAAAUUCAACAACUGUAACCACCUUAUAAAAGGAUCAAGGUAACUGUUACAGGUUAGUUUAUUAGAUGUUUGCUAUAUUUGCUCUAUUUUAGCGAAAAGGUGAGCCCUACUGUCAUAACCCUUGCUACGCAUCUGAGUUCGGUCCGGGGGGAUUUGGUCAUGGAGGCACAGAAUCACACAAGUACUAG